AUGAUUAGCAAGUCUUUCACAGAUGAUCUGACGGUUGUGGCAGUGGCGGGUACCAAGGAUGAGUCUCUACUCCUUGCAUCCUGCUAUAUGCUACAUGGCUCCGCGGUGCCAACGGCAGAGCUCCAAAGCUGGUCGCUACAUCCAGCAGAAAGAUGUUGGCGUUGGAGGUGGGCGCCGAUGCUAACGCCCAUCAUACGGUUGGGACAACCCCGACAUCAGUCAUCGAGCAAAAAAGAUGUGAUAUUAUUGACCAGUAAAAUGCAAUAUUUGUGGGAAUUUACUUUGAUGACGCUUUUCACAGCUAACUCAUGGACUGGCAAAAGUUUUGGUGUCACUUCUACUUUUCUACAAUUUGAAGAGUUCUAUUCGCAUUCGUUUGUGCCGAACGCUCUGCAAGUUUCAUAUCGUGUGGAAAAUAAUAUCGGCGUCUAUUAUAAUAUCACAGCGCUACAAUCAUUCCCGGGGAAAAUACUUUUCAACACAUUCAUACGAAAAAUCGGCACAAAUGUGGGUGAGAAAUCGGUGAACAUAUUCAAACACAAAAACUUGGACUUUUGCAAAAUCAUGGAAAUGAUGCAUAAUUUCACUAAGGAGGAGUAUAAGAACGAAACGAUACUGCAGAGUACCUUCAUCAAUUCGUGUCCGUUUACACGCGGCUUUUACUAUGUGGAGAACGGUACGGUUAGAAUGGAAACGAUACCGCUAUAUUUUAAUCGUGGCAUCUAUUGGGUACAAGUCGAGCUGGUACAGCUAUUUGGCGAGGUGACUAAAUUAAUAAAUGUGAAAGCGAAAUGUCGCUACGAGCCAGAAGAGUCUGGAAGUGAUUUAAAUAUAUUCUCGAUUUUUACAAAUGCUCACGACUACAAUCUGAAAUCCUUGCAACAGGUAACAUCAAAUGAUAUGGCAAAUUUGUAUGCAUAUUUCAUAAAGAUAAUGAAGAGUCUAAGAAUUUUGUAGAGCCACUUAUAUACAGACAGUGUAAUAUAUGUACAUAUGUAUGUAUAUACAUUUUGAUAAAUGUAAGCAAUGAAGAUCUUCAGUCGUUAGUUGGUUAAAGCAAAGAAAUUGUGGAUAAAAGAGUUUUACGU